AUGGAGGUUCCAGGUUCAUCGAAGAAGAUGAUCGCGACGCAGGAAGAGAUGGUUACAGCUAAAGUACCGCUUGGUUACAGAGAUCAGUGCGCUCAUCUCUUGAUUCCGCUCAACAAAUGUCGCCAGGCUGAGUUUUUCCUUCCGUGGAAGUGCGAGGACGAGCGUCACGUCUACGAGAAGUGCGAGUACGAGCUCGUGAUGGAGAGGAUGCUCGCGAUGCAGAAGAUCCGUGAAGAGGAAGCCAAGGCUAAACAGAAUAAAGUACAAGGGAAUGGUGUCCCUCUAAUCCCUAAAACCGCUAAUGCUUAG